CUAAAGAAUAACAGAAAAAAAAUAUACAUCAAAAUUUCAACAAUCUUUCUCACUCAUACUUCACCCUUCAGCAAGACUCAUAAAUUCCCGAUUUUGCUUGCCCCAGAUCCACUUCUUCAUUAUAUUCUCUCUAAAUCUCAUCUUUUUGUAAAAACCCACAAACGAUUUCAACUUAGUUUACAUUCUCAUUUCCGAAUUUCCCCACAAAUUCUUGUUCAUCUUGCUUUACAUUGCUCUAACCGACACUCAUUUAGUCCUGAUAGAUCUAGAACUCCAAAAUGGGAGAAGGGUCAGAAGGAUCUAAAUCGAAAGGAGGUUGGUGCGGGUGGUUUGUUGUAUUGGUGGUAGUGGCUGCUAUCGCUGCGGCAGUUGCUCUUACUGUGGUGAAGAAAUCUAAACACUCUGGUUCUGGUGGUUCAAGUGGGCUUGGCCCUGUUCCUGGUCCACCUGGAGCUGUCAAUAAGAAAUAUGGAGAUGCUUUAAAAGUUGCAAUGCAGUUCUUUGAUGUUCAGAAAUCUGGUGCGUUAGUGGAUAAUAAGAUAAGUUGGAGGGGUGAUUCUGGUUUGAAUGAUGGGAAAGAUGCAUCUUUAGAUCUGUCAAAAGGGUUGUAUGAUGCUGGUGAUCAUAUGAAGUUUGGAUUUCCAAUGGCGUUUACUGCUACUGUUUUAUCUUGGGCUAUACUUGAGUAUGGUGAUCAAAUGGAGACUGUAGAUCAGCUUAAACCUGCACAAGAUUCACUCAAAUGGAUCACUGAUUAUCUUAUUAAUGCUCAUCCUAAGGAGGAUGUGCUCUAUGUGCAGGUGGGUAAUCCCGACAUAGAUCAUAGUUGUUGGGAAAGGCCGGAGACAAUGGCAGAGAAUAGACCUCUUUCACAGGUCAACACUUCUUUACCCGGUUCAGAUGUUGCUGCUGAAACUGCAGCAGCUAUGGCGUCUGCAUCUAUGGUUUUUAAGUCAAUAAAUUCCACAUAUUCAAGCUUGCUUCUUAAGCAUGCUCAACAACUCUUUACUUUUGCUGACAAAAAUAGAGGUCUUUAUAGUGAUAGCAUCCCUCAAGUCCAGACUUAUUACAAUUCAACUGGAUAUGAGGAUGAGCUCCUCUGGGCUGCUAGUUGGCUCUUUCAAGCUACAGCUGAUCAAACGUAUUUGGAUUAUGUUGACGGCCAAAAUGGGCAAUCUUUUGGAGACUGGGGAAAUCCGACAUGGUUUAGCUGGGAUGAUAAGCGUGCUGGAACUCAGGUGUUGCUAUCAAGAGCACUUAUUUUUGGUCCGAAAGGGAAAUCAGUAAACCUUCAUAACUAUAGAAGCACCGCCGAGGCUGUGAUGUGUGGCCUCCUUCCGAAAUCUCCAACUGCCACGAAAAGCAGAUCAAAUAAUGGUCUGGUAUGGGUGAGCGGAUGGAAUGCCUUACAACAACCAGUAGCAGCUUCUUUCCUAGCCGUGAUCUACAGUGACUACAUGCUUACAGCUCGUAUCGCUACAAUAUCUUGUAACGGGCAAACAUUUUCGCCAACCGAUAUUAGGAAUUUUGCGGCGUCUCAAGCUGAUUACGUGUUGGGCAACAAUCCGAUGAAGAUGAGCUAUCUUGUGGGAUAUGGGGACAAGUAUCCGCAAUAUGUACACCACAGAGGAGCCUCGAUCCCAGCCGAUGCAACAACAGGCUGCAAGGGUUGGCAGUGGCUUAGUUCAACGGCUCCUAACCCAAAUGUCGCGGUUGGAGGGCUUGUGGGAGGACCGUUUCUAAAUGAUACUUACAUUGAUUCUCGGAACAACUCGAUGCAAGGAGAACCGAGCACAUACAACAGUGCCAUAAUGGUUGGACUCCUUGCUGGUUUAGUCACUACUUCUUCAGUGGCCCAAUCUUUUACCUGAUCUGAUGAAUAUCAAAGCUGUGAUCUCUCAAUACUAGUAUAAUAUUUGAUUGAUUUUGUAGGAGAAUCUUUAAUAUUUUGAGACAAGUUCUUUGUUUGAGUGAAUUUUCUAUUUGAAGACAAGUCCUGCAUAGGAGAUUGUUAAGUGUGAGUGUUAUUUAUUAUACGGUGAUUAUCAAUAAAUAUUGAUUGAUGUA